AUGGAAGUUUCGGAAGAUUUCACUGCAUUGCCUGUAACCGACCCGUCAACACUACCGUGCAACCAUUGUAACCGUCGCUUUGCCUCUCGAUUACGACUUGAUCAGCACUUGAAGUAUGCCACGUCGAGUCGCGCAUUUGCUUGCCCCGUGAAAGAUUGUGGCCGAGUUUUUGUCACCAAGUCCCACGUAACCGAACACAUGAAUCUGCAUUUCGGAAACCGACCAUUUCCGUGCACCUUUCCUGGCUGUUCGUAUCGCGGCAAAACCGGUUCCCAGUUGGCUCAGCACAGGGCUACCCAUGGACUAGGCUACGUGUACGCGUGUGAUUAUUGCGAUUACCAGGCAACCACCUCCUCCAACCUGCGUCGACACGCCCGUCUCCACAUGGACACCCGACCCUACCGGUGUCCACAUUGCCCGCACACCUUCGUGGAGCUGUCGGCUCUUCGACGACACGUCCUUGAUUCCGCCUACCACCCCGGUUUGCCGCUCUACGUCUGUCCCUGGUGCAACCGUCGAUCUGAGGCUACCACCUCUGCCGCCUCCCUGCCCCCUAAUUCGUUGAUUAUCAACUCGCCGAUAUCGAAUGGCCCGGCCGAUAUCGGCGUGUGUGGCUUCAACUCGUCCACGUUGGCUUGGAAGCACGUGGUCCAGGCGCACGCUGAGCAACUCGCCAGUGCCGAGACACUUCAGCGGCUCGAAAAAAAGCCCGGUGAAACGCUGAUUGAACAUGACGUGUCGCUCAUCUUCGGCCUCUAUCACCCCAGCGAAGAUGGCAAAUUCCGGCCAUCUUCGGCUGUCCGCCAGUUUAAUUCGGUUGCCACGAUUCGAACACACCAACGGAUGCGCAGCAGCACCAAGAAGCGGACCAACAACAAAAGCCACCACGCCGCUUCCGGCAUCGCUCCCGCUUUGUCCCCCUCAGGUACCACACUGCCCUCCCCCCACUUAUCGCUAUCCCGUCACCCACUAAUUCCCUGUAUUUUUUCAGUAAUGGAUGUCACCGCACAGACCUCGAUAAGCGACGCGGCCGCCACCGCGACAAACUCUGAGGAGGGUCUGAAGUUUGUCCAGAUGCAGGACCUAGUUGCUCUUCCUGGGGGUGUUCUUUGGUCCGCUUCCACCUUCCGCUCGGAGUUGGUGCGAGCCACUGGUGGACACCUCCACUACCAGCAGCAACCCCUUUCUUGA